UGCAGUGUGGAAUGGUAAAGAAUGGAAUAUAUAAUGGAAUGGAAUGGAAUGUGGAAUGGAAUUGAAUGGAAAGUAAUGCGGAAUGGUAUCGAAUGGAAUUUGGAAUGGAAUGUAAUUGAAUGGAAUGGAAUGUGAAAUUGAAUAGAAGGGUAUGUCGAACGGAAUGGAAUGGAAUGUGGAAUGGAAUGGAAUGGAAGGUGGAGUGGAAUGUGAAAUGGAAUGUGGAAUGGAACGUGGAAUGGAAUGAAAUGGAACUUGGAAUGCAAUGGAAUGGUACGUGGAAUGGAAUGCAAUGGAACGUAGAAUGGAACGUGGAAUGCAAAGUGGAAAGGAACGUGGAAUGGAAUGGAAUGGAUCAUGGAAAGCAAUGGAAUGGAAUGUGGAAAGGAAUGGAAUGGAAUGUGCAAUGGAAUGCAGUGGAACAUGGAAUGGAACGUGGAAUGGAAUGGAAUGGAGCAUGGAAUGGAUCUCAGAAUGGAACGUCUAAUGGAACGUGGAAUGGGAAGUGGAAUGGAAUGGAAUGGAAUGGAAUUGUAUGAAAUGUGGAAUGGAAUGGAAUGGAACGUGGAAUGGAACGUGGAAUGGAACGUGGAAUGGAAUUUGGAAUGGAAUGUGGAAAGGUGGAAUGGAACGUGGAAUGGAAUGGAAAAGGACGCGGAAUGGAACGUGGAAUGGAACGUGGAAAGGAAGGUGGAAUGGAACGUGGAAUGGAAGUUGGAAUGGAACGCGGAAUGCAAUGGAAUGGAAUGUGGAAUGGAAUGUGGAAUGGAAGGUGGAAUGGAACGUGGAAUUGAAUGUAAUAGAACGGGGAAUGUAAUGUGGAAGGAAUGCUGAAAGGAAUGGAAUGGAAUGCGGAAAGUUUUGUAAUCGAAUGUGGAAUGGAAUGUGGAUUGGAAUGGACUGGAAUGUGGAAUGGAAUGGAAUGGAAUGUGGAAAGGAAACUGGAAUUGAGUUGAAUUGAACGUGGAAAGGAAUGUGGAAUAGAAUGUGGAAUGGAAUGGGACGGAAUGUGGAAUGAAAUGGGGAAUGGAAUGGAAUGGAAACUGAACUGGAAUGUGGAAUGGAAUGUUGAAUGGAAUGUGGAGUGGCAUGUGGAGUUGAACGGAAUGCAACGUGGAAUGCAAUGUGGAAUGGAAUGUGGAAUGGAAAGUGCUAUGGAAUGGAAUGGAAUGUGGAAUGGAACGUGGAAUGGAAUGCGGAAUGGAUCGUGGGAUGGAGUGGAAUGGAAUGUGGAAUGGAACGGAAUGGAAUGUGGAAAGGUAUUGAAUGUAAUGUAAUGUGGAUUGGAAUGGAUUGGAAUGUAAAAUGGAAACUGGAAUGGCAUGGAACGAUAUGUUGAAUGGAAUGUGGAAUGGAAUGGAAUGGAAUGGAAUGUGGAAUGGAAUGUAGAAAGGAAUGUGGAAUGGAAAGUGGAAUACAACUUAAUGGAAUGUGGAAUUGAAUGUGAAAUGGAAAACAGAAUGGAAUGUAAUGGAAUGUGGAAUGGAAUGUGAAAUGUAAUGUGAAAUGGAUUGUAGAAAGGAACGUAAUUGAAUUUGGGAUGGAAAGUGGAAUGGACUGAGGAAUGGAAUGGAAUUGAAUGUCUAAUGUAAUGUGGAAUGGAAUGGAAUGUAUUGUUGAAUGCAAUGUGGACUAGAAUGUGGAAUUGAAUGGAAUGGAAUUUUGAAUGGAAUGUGGAAUGGAAUGUUAUGCAAUGUGGAAGGGAAUGUGGAAUGGAAUGUGGAAUGGAAUGUGGAAUUCAAUGCUGAAUGGAACGGAAUGGAAAGUGGAAUGGAAUGUGGAAUGUAAUGGAAAGGAAAGUGGACUGGAAUGUGGAAUAGUCUGUGGAAUGGAAUGUGGAAUGGUAUGUGGAGUGGCAUGUGGAAUAGAACGGAAAGAAAUGUGGAAUGGAAUGUGGAAUGGAACGUGUUAUUGAGCGGAAGGGAAUGUGAAAUGAAAAGUGGAAUGGAAUGUGGAAUGGAUUGUGGAAUGGAACGUGGAAUGUAAAGGAAAGGAA